UCGUGGAUAAUGGUUAAACGUGUGCGUAUUAAACUUGUGUGGUGGUUCAUAACUUUAGUUGUGGCAGUGAGUUUUGUAAAAUGUGAGCAAGAGGGGAAAGAUUAUGAUGACUUUAUCCAGGGCAGUGAUAAGGAACUAUCGGAUAUGGUGUUGACCACAGCUUUGGGCAAAAUACGUGGCACCUUGUUGACCUCUCAGAUGGGACGUAAUUUUUAUGCUUUUCGUGGCAUACGCUAUGCCAAAGCCCCUAUAGGAGAGUUACGUUUCAAACCCUCCGAACCGGUGGAGCAAUGGUUUGAUAUAUUCGAUGCUACCGUAGAUGGACCCAUGUGUCCCCAGCCGGGCCUUAAUAGUAUGGAUGUUUCCGAGGAUUGUUUGCGUGUAAAUAUCUAUACCAGGGAAUUGCCCUCCGAAAAUAAUCCGAAUGUGAAAAAACCGGUCAUAGUGUUUAUACAUCCGGGAGAAUUUUAUUCAUUGUCGGGUCAAAGUAAGAAUUUUGCGGGACCUCAGUACUUUAUGGAUCGCAAUAUUGUAUUGGUUACUUUCAACUAUCGUUUGGGUAGCUUGGGUUUCCUAAGCACUGGCACCCGAGAAGCACCCGGUAAUUUGGGUCUGAAGGAUCAAGUUUUGUUAAUGCGUUGGCUGAAAUUGCAUAUAUCACGUUUUGGAGGAGAUUCCAGUUCAGUUACCCUAUUGGGUUAUGGAGCUGGAGCUUUAAGUAUUACUUUGCACAUGGUAUCACCCAUGUCACGUAAUCUGUUUCACAAAGCCAUUAUAAUGAGUGGCUCGGCUACGGGUCAAUGGGAAUUGCCAGAAGAACAAUUGGUGUUGGCUCAACGCCAGGCUACACUAUUGAAAUGUCCCUCGGAAAAUAUAACAGAAAUGAUGGGCUGUUUACAGGAAAAACACUAUUUGCAAUAUGCCAAUAGUUUGACCUAUAUGUUUGAGUUUGGCCGACAAAAUCCUAUAAUUUUAUGGAAACCUGUGUUGGAGAGAGAUUUUGGACAAGAGCGUUUUCUCAUCGAAGAUCCGGUGAAAUCCUAUCAAAAUGGUGACUUUAUGAAAAUACCCAUUAUAACGGGCAUGACCAAAGAUGAAUUUGUGGGACCAGCCAUAGGUAUUUUGGAGAAUGUUCAUCUAUUGCGCACUUUUGAAUAUCAUUUCGAUCAAGUGGCUCCCAUAUGUUUUCUGUACAACAGCAGCAGUCCUAAAGCUGCUAAUAUCAGCAGUGAAUUAUGGAAUUUUUAUUUUGGUGAUCAACCUCUUAGCGUGCAGCUUUCCUUGGAAAAUCUUACUCAUCUGUAUUCGGAUGCCUUGACUGGCUUUGCCAUACAUCGUUUUGUGCAUUUGGCGGCACGUUCCACCAAGGUCUAUUACUAUCGGUUCUCCUAUCAGGGUCAAAAGAGUCAUAUCAAUUAUCCGGAAAAUGGUCCUUAUGGUGUGGUGCAUCAUGACGAUUUAAUGUAUUUAUUUGUGGAACCUUCCAUAAGUCGCAUGUUCACCGAAGAUGAUGAUGAAUUCACCAUGGUCAAUACUUUGACAAGAAUGUUUAGCUCAUUUGCCUACAAAGGAGAUCCCAAUAAACCCAGCGAUGAACAACUGAGAAAUAUGCGCUGGCGUCCUUUUAGCUAUAAAAAACAACAUUAUUUGGACAUAGGUGAUGAGCUGGUAAUGCGUGGCGGUCUAAAUACCGAGCGCUAUGAAUUGUGGAAGCGUUUAUUCCCCCUCAACUGGAGACGUCAGAGUAAAAUUGGUGCCGGUGUUGUCAUCAAUGAUUAUGAAUAAGAUUUUUUUGUGGAUCA